GGCAACCCAGCUUUGUUGCCCGCCGCCUUUCUCGCUGCCUCCGCCGGCAAUCCGACCGGAAGCUUCCGCGCCGCCACCGUCUAGGUCCUCCCAUCAGGUCCAAGUCAUUGGCGAUGGGAGCGAGCGGUGUAUCCUUUCCCGGAGCCUCCGAGAUGCCCCCAGCACUCCCGGAUAUACUGCCGUCUCGAGGCCUUCAUAGCCUCGCUCCCCGGCAGCCACGAUGGGAGCAGGGGCCCGUGGCGGCAGCGGCGGCGGGGUAACAGGAACAGCACCACCAGCAUGUCCAUACCAUCGUGCUGCAACAUUGGCGCGGGGGACGGCCAGGCCUCCCCCCAAGGCGGCCUAGCAGACACCGGGGAAUGCAUUGAAGCAAACAUGACCUCACAAUACGAUACACCAGAAAGGCCAGUUUUGUGCAUGGGCUGCGGGCUAAAAUCAGCUAUUUACAUCAAUGAAUACACGUAAUUCCCGUUCUCGGAGAUUCAAACUGCAACUUCUGAUUUCUCAAAAGAGAACUUGCUGGGUGAGGGUGGUUUUGGACAUGUGUACAAGGGCCAGCUCAACGGUGGUCAGCUCAUCGCAGCCAAGCUGCGGAAAGAAGCAAGUUUUGAGGGCUAUACUGAGUUCUUUACUGAAAUGCAAGUAUUCAGAUUUGCCCGGCACCGAAAUAUUGUUGGGCUGCUUGGCUAUUGCUGCGAGGAGACCCAUAACAUUUUGGUGUAUGAGUAUAUAUGCAACAAUUCCCUGGAGUGGCACUUAUUUGAUCAGUCCGCAAACUUACUAGAGUGGAACAAGAGGCAUGCAAGUGCCAUAGGUAUAGCAAAAGGCAUGCGCUUCCUACAUGAGGAGUGCCGUGCCGGUCCAAUCAUUCAUCUGGAUUUGCAACCAAGCAAUGUACUGCUGACACAUGACUUUGUACCUAUGCUUGGGGACUUUGGUUUUGCAAAAUGGAAGGCUUGCAAGGUUUCCAGCGAGACAAUGAUUCUGGGGCCUUCAGGAUACUUGGCUCCUGAGCAUGCUGAACAUGGCAUAGCUUCUGUCAAAACGGAUGUUUUUGCCUUUGGAAUUCUUCUUUUCCAGCUGAUAUCUGGUCGUAAGGUGCUUGAGGAACAUGGACGAUGGUGCACACAUAUAUUGCAAUGGGCAGAGCCGUUGGUUGAGACCCUUGCACUCAACAUACUGGUAGAUGACCGCGUCAAAGAUACACAUGAUUCAUAUGGGUUGUAUCAUCUAGCCAAAGCUGCCUAUCUUUGUGUCAGGACAAAUCCAGAGCAACGGCCUUCUAUGGGAGAGGUUGUCCGUCUUAUUGAGGUAGAAAAUGAGAACAUCCAGGAUUUGUCUCAACUGUUCAUCCCACAUUUUACAAACUGAUGUUGUAAUCAAAAGCGAAUUCAGUGCUGUGAGCUCUCUAUUGAAGCGCAAAAUAGAAUUCCCCAUUAUCAAUGGUGAUGUUGUUGCACUUCUUUGUAUCCUUUCCCUCCCUCCCCUUUCGUCAGUUUCUUCAUUUUGCUUUUUCCAGAUAUAUAUGUCGUGUAUUUGGGAAUUACUAGUUCUCCUUUUAUUGUUUCCAUUGUUUUGUAAUGAGAUGCCACAUUAUGAGAGGGGUUCAUCCAUCUGUGUUA